AAGUGGAGACUGAGGAAGGCGGAAAGGCUGGCGAGGCUUGGAGCGGCGGUGGGAACACUGCUGGGGGGGCUCGGUGGCUCUGGGUGCCCGCCACCCCAACCCAUUCCCGGUCGAGCAGCCUCCUUGCCCCUCCCCGCCAACUCCCUGGACGGAAUCCCUAGACCCCGGCGAGCCGACCGGGCGGCCAGAACUCCACUCAGCCGGCUGGUCGGUUUGAGGGUUGCCACGGCAACAGCCACUUCCGGGAGUGGGGGCUCGGCGAAGUCGGCUCUGCCGGUGCGGGGGCGGGUCCCGGACUCUUUGCUUGGCCGCACCUGCUGUCAGGGUAGUGGAGGGAGGCCCGGGUCUCCGCGCACCGUAGCUUCCCCAGCCUCAGGGUCUGCCCUUGAGCCGUGGGCCCCCACCCCGCGCCCUCAGACCGCGUUUCUCUGUUGCUCUUGGCAACAACCACUUCCGGGAGCGGGUGCCGUUUUCCCCCCCGUCCCCCUCCCCGCGCCCAGACUGUGUUUCUCUGUUGCUCCUGGCAACAGCCACUUCCGGGAAAGGGUGCAGUUUCCUCUCGUCCCCCCGCCCCGUCCCAGCACCGCGAGCGCUCGAACCCAGGGUUCCGGCCUCCCGGCAACCGUUAGUCGGCGAUCUUCGCUGUCCGCCGGCGGGGGCGGGUGACCGCGGGCCGCUUGUCCAGGGCCUUCCGGCGGGGCUCUCGCGGCCACCAUGGUUCUGCUGCAUGUGAAGCGGGGCGACGAGAGCCAGUUCCUGCUGCAGGCGCCGGGGAGCUCGGAGCUGGAGGAGCUCACGGUGCAGGUAGCCCGGGUCUACAACGCGCGGCUCAAGGCGCAGCGCCUCUGCUCAGAAAUGGAAGAAUUAGCAGAACAUGGCGUAUUUCUGCCUCCUAAUAUGCAAGGACUGACUGAUGAACAGAUCGAAGAAUUGAAAUUAAAGGAUGAAUGGGGUGAAAAGUGUAUCCCUAGUGGAGGCUCAGUAUUUAAAAAAGAUGAUGUUGGACGGCGGAAUGGACAAGGUAAUCCAGCAUUUUUCUUCUCUGCGCAUACCUGCCACGUGGGGGCCGCUAGCCCCGUGGGUCAGAACACGAGGCUGGCAGGUGGGCGCUCAGAUCCCAGCAGCCCCACCGUCCAGCCCCUGGGACCCAGGCCUCCGCCUCUAUCGCUCAGGUUCCUCCAGGGGAGUGUAGAAGGUGGUGGGACACCCAAACUGGGGCCCCUUGGGGGUGGGCAGCGACGUCUGUGCACCCUCUGCCGAGGGCAGGAGCCCAGGAUUUUGAUUGGCUGCAUCAUAGCUAACAGUACCCGCAACCACUUUCAGAAACAAGUGGAAGCCAAUGUCUGCGUGACCAUGGAGAUGGUGAAUGACGCCUUGGACCAGCUUCGAGGUGCCGUGAUGAUAGUUUAUCCCAUGGGGUUGCCACCGUACGAUCCCAUCCGGAUGGAAUUUGAAAAUAAAGAAGAUUUGUCAGGGACUCAGGCAGGGCUCAACGUCAUCAAAGAAUCAGAGGCACAGCUGUGGUGGGCAGCCAAGGAGCUGCGACGUACAAAGAAGCUUUCGGACUACGUGGGGAAGAAUGAGAAAACCAAAAUCAUCGUCAAGAUCCAGCAGAGGGGCCAGGGGGCUCCAGCUCGAGAGCCCAUCAUCAGCAGCGAGGAGCAGAAGCAGCUGAUGCUGUACUACCACAGAAGACAGGAGGAGCUCAAGAAACUGGAAGAAAAUGAUGACGACUCCUGUUUAAAUUCUCCGUGGGCAGAUAACACUGCUUUGAAAAGACAUUUUCAUGGAGUAAAAGACAUAAAGUGGAGACCCAGAUGAAGUUCGCCCGUUGGCAAAGCUUUCCAAAAUAUUAGCUCACCUUUCUUUAGACAAAAUAAUGAUAACCAUAGCUUAAAACAAGACAGCCACCACCCUUUGUGAACAUUGUUGAAAUCUCUAGUUUUCCUUUCAGUUUGAUUUUUUUUUUUUUUUUCAGUUUGAAUUUUUAAAAGAAAAGUGAGUUAUUCAAGGUUUUGGAACAUAAUAAACACAUUCUCAAAAGAA